AUGAACCAGUCGUUUGAUUUUUAUGGCACUGUUGUGGUAGCUGAUAAGAAGAGGUAUCUGAAAGGAGGAGGCGAUCGUCGGUGUUCAGAUAUUGGCCAAAGCUUAGUGUUUACCGCAGCUCAUGAAGAGCUAGAAGAGGAGUUCAUAAAUGAAAUCGAUGAAGCUGGUGAUGGUAGAGGAAAUGAAGAUCCAUGGGUUUUUCAGUGGGUUCUGGCCAUGUUUCUGAUCGGUGGUGGCUUCGAUGAUACUGAGUUGAGGUCUAAAUUUAGGGCGAUGGCUACGACGGUGGGAUCGAUUGCACGUAUGGUUAUGGGAGGUGGUUCAUGGCGAAAGUCAGGUGAAUAA